AGCGAGCGGCGCUUCCCCUCCGACGGCAGCGCUUUAUAUGCGCCGAGGCGGCUUCCCCGGGCCGCCUCCUUGCGCAGGUGGUGGGAGGGGAAGGUCUGAUUCAGCGGGGCAGGAGGUCGCCGCUGACCCGGCCGUCAGCGGGGCGCGGAAGGCUGCGCGGUGCGGCGGUCCUGGGGCGCGGGCAGCCCCCGCCCCGGGGAGCAGCGGGGGCCGGGCGGGGCGCGCCGCCGGGGCUGCCUUCCCGCGGAGCUGCGCCGCCCACAGCCCAGGGGCCUCCGCCCCGGGGCCGCGGCGAGCUGGCCGGGGUCCACCCCCCGCCCCACUCACGUUACGGGAUGAUGCUCAAAGAGCGUUUCCUGUAAACCGCGGCGAAAUCCGGGACAGGUCACUUAGCGAAAGCCCCCCUCUCUUCCCUCGUCAUCCUCGCCUUUCCCCCCGCCCCACCCCGAGGCCGCUCCCUUUUCGGAAGCUCCGGGUAGAGGACGGUGGGACGCCGAAAAUCAAACGCUGAUCCUGCUGCAGGUCCUGAUCUAGCCGGAUCGAGUGGAGGCUGCUUAGCGAGUGCCGCCGAAACAAACGCGCAUUAGUUUACCUCCAUAGUGUAAAACGCUGAUGAACUUGAGAAACUGAGGCAUCGUCAGAGGGCUUGGACCUUGGGGAAACUCGAGGGGCCGAAUGGAUAACAACAAAGUGCAAAGAGGGAUGGAUUUCAGGAAAUAUAAUGACCUGGUUUAUUGUACAGAUUGUAACCCCACCAGGCAAUGAGUGACAUUGGGCCUCAGUCCUGCAGGCAGGCACUGCCCUCGAUGGGUUGCAAUACAGGGCCCUGGAAAUCUGUGGCCUGCAGGAAAGAAGCCACAGAUGGGCUGCAAGCAGGAGGCACUUCAGAGCACCCUGAUUACUUGAACUGAC